AUGAUGACCAUCAAAGCAAUGAUCUCACGUAACUUGAAAAUUGAUUCUCAGACUUCAAACCCCAUUGUGCGCGCUAUGCCCGAUACACUUUCGCUAAGGAAUGGGUCUUCAAAAGAACCCCCCAACUUCCCAAGCCACUGGAAAAGCAAGACACCUUCGAUGGAGCCCUCUCCACCCAACGCGUGCUCUGUAAAGGUCUCAAAUUCGCCUGCCUACUUGGGCACAGAAGGUCCAUUUCAAAAUUGUGUGUUCGCUCCCGUCCCGACGAACGCGAGUCUGGACUCGGGCGGCCACGUCCCUACCCGUAUCCAGAGACACGGGUAA